AGAAAAGGAAAAAAGGAUAUUGAAAAGGAGUACAAAAAUCGCAGUGGUAAGUAACUGAAGUAGUUUUAGUGUAAUAAGAGAGCUUCAAAACGAUCAGAAAGGGGGAGGAGAGGGAAAACGGAAAGAGAACCAAAAAAAUGCAUUCAAUCGGAUACAGAGCGAAUGCUUUGCUGACAUUUGGGGUGACUAUUCUAGCCCUAAUCUGUGCCAUCGUUUCUUACUCCGACAACUUCAACUCUCCUUCUCCCACCUCCCAAGUUCAGGUUUUGAACAUCAAUUGGUUUCAGAAGAAACCUGAUGGGGAUGACGAGGUGAGCUUGACCCUGAACAUCUCAGCAAACUUGCAGUCAUUGUUUACGUGGAACACAAAGCAGGUUUUUGCAUUUGUGGCAGCUGAGUAUGAAACCCCAAAGAACGCCUUGAAUCAGGUAUCUUUGUGGGAUAGCAUCAUUCCUUCUAAAGAAAAAGCAAAAUUUUGGAUUCAUAUCAGCAACAAGUAUCGUUUUGUUGAUCAGGGGAGCAACCUCCGGGGUAAGGACUUCAACUUGACAUUGCACUGGCAUGUUAUGCCUAAGAUUGGCAAGAUGUCUGCUGACAAAAUUGUGAUGUCCGGCUACCGGUUGCCAGCGGAUUACAGAUAGUUUUUUUUUUUUUUCUUCUUUUUUUUUGGUCAUGACUCAAUUGUAACUUAACUUUGGACUAACGAUCAAUCAGCUCUUAUAUACUGCAAAAACUUCAUAUUUUAAAGGCUGCUAUUGAAAUCCUUUUUGACUCUUGUUUUUCAACAAGGAAACAUUUCCUUAUUUUUUAUGAAGCAAUAUUACAAGUUAAGGAAGUUUGUGAAUUGUGAGUCGCUGAUCACUGAUUCACUGAAUUUCACGCGCAUGCUUUUUAUCCUUCCACCUGUGUUUUAGUUUGUAUCUUCUACUUGCUAAUUGUUACUUUGUACUUAAAUUAUUG